CCGGAAGCGCCGGAAGUUCGAUUGGGGCCAACUCGUUUUCCAUAAAUCGAGUAAAAAAGGUCGGAUACGGAGUUAUAAUCCCCGCGACCGAUGUCGUAUCGCAGUCUCCGUUUGGUCCCUCAGAAGCUCGUGUUCUAGUGGUGUGUUUAGACGAUGUCUUGUGACGACCGCGGCUCAUGCCCGCUCGUGGAGGACAGUUUCAGCCGCCUACCGUCGCAGAGCAACAUUUACGGCUUGUGUCAAGCGGGGGAACUGGAGUUACUGGUCGCCACCCUUAAAGGCAAAGUCCUCUGUUUCAAAUAUCAGGACCUCCGACAAGAAAUCCAGCCCGUUGCCAAGGAGGUGCAGUUCACCUACAUUCCAGUUGAUGCCGAGAUCGUGUCUAUAGACUCCUUCAACAGGUCUCCUCCCAACAGAGGUCUGGUCGUGGGCAUCACUUUCAUCAAGGACUCUGGUGACAAAGCCAGUCCCUUCCUCAACAUCUACUGCGACUAUGAGCCAGGCUCGGAGUUCAACCUGGACUCGGUGGCCCAGAGCUGUUUGAAUCUGGAGCUGCAGUUCACCCCUUUCCGGCUGUAUCACACGGAGGUGCGGUGCGAAGGGGACGCUACCGAGACGGUCUUUCUGCUCAGUGGCCACGACCAGCAGAUCCACUUAUACAAGGAGAACGCGUCCCUGCACCAGUUCGAGGAGCAGCCCAUCGGGAGGCUCUUUCCUGAGCUGCAGGAGCUGUCCAGCAACGUGCUUUGGUUGGACGUCGCGAGGAUCGCCGGCGGCCGGCGCCUCUCCGCCUUCGGCUGCCAGAACGGCUGCGUCGGCCUCGCCUUGGUGGAGCAGGCGGAAGCGGUAACGGUUCAGCAGAGCUGGCGGAUCCAGAUGGACAGCCCCAUCUCGACGGUGUCGCUCUUCCCUCUCCGCGCUGAGCCGUCCGCGGGUUCGGACGGAGAUCCGCCUGCGCGCGCAAGCGGGGGGAAGGAAAGCUACAACCUCCUCGUGACCAGCGCCAUUGAAAUUGCGGUGGUGUACAGGGACGUGCAAGCAUGUGGCAUGACGAAUCCCAUCUGUUUGCCCGAGAGCGAUCAGUUUGAUGCCGUUCUCUGCGCUUUAGUCACCGAUCUGGACUUCGACGGGCACAAAGAAAUUCUGCUUGGGACUUACGGACAGGAACUGCUGUGCUACAAGUUCCAGGCGGCAGACGGGGGUCGGGCCUCGGAUGUCGCCGAACGCUUCCGGUUGAUGUGGAGACGAAGCUUCAACAACCCGCUGUUAUCGCUCGCCUACCUGGACCUGACCGGAGAUGGAAUGAGAGAACUGGCCGUUCUGACACUGAAGGGCUUGCACAUACUCCAGCACAGCCUGAGCCGAACCGCCGAUCUGGUUCUCGAUGCUCUGAAGAAGAAGGCGUCGCGGCUGAAUGCUGAUUCUGCGGCGCCGGUUCUCCCCGUUCCGAAUUGCGGGGAUGGUGAGGAUGAGGCGGGAGACGAGCAAGGUGCCGCGGUGUCUUAGGAGGAUCGUUUCUAUAUGCAGUUUGAGCUCCACAAGUUCAGUCUGUAACACUUUCCCUCAACUUUGCUCAUAUAUAUUAGAGCGGAAGUUAAUAUACCAGUGUAACAUCCCAUGUGAUUCCAUUAUGUUUUCUAUGGAAGAGUUCAAAAAAAAAAAAAAAGCCUAAAAUGUACCUUAACUGGAAAAGAAAUGCCGAACCUGUUCACUUUGAGCAUGAUAUAAGUUCUUUGCUCAAGACUCGUUUGUCAGAUGUUAAUUUCUUUUGUUUGGCAAAUGUUUUUCAGUGCAAUUCUUCAACUGACCCUCUACACAAAGGUGCCUUUUUCAACUUACUUUUCAUUUGUAGGUACAAAUGUUUAGCGCAGCAGGACGAUUGAACGGUGGAAGUCUUGAAUGUUCAGAUGAUGAAACUGCUAAAAUAUCAGUUAAACUACACCAUGCCCUUUACACAGAAUAGUUCUCAUUUACAUUUCACAGACUCCAAUAAAGUGCUUGAAGUG